UAAAAAUUUUAAGGUGUUCCAUCGGGGCAUCUUAAGCACCUUAAAGACCUCCUCCUUUUCCUGUGCUUCGCCUACCGAUCCCGCAGAGUUCUUGGGCGAUGGCAGAGAGCUCGGACUCGUCGCCGUUAGGGUUCCUCUGGAGACACUUCGAGGGGGUGAAGGAGCACUGGAAGAGCAAUUUUUCCUUCUUAGACUACUACAAGAAGACCUUGGGGCGCAAGGAGCCGCUUCCUAAGUGGACCGACGCCGAUGUCGAGGAGUUCAUCGCCUCCGAUCCGAUCUAUGGUCCUCAGUUGCAAGCAAUAAGGGAAUCUAGGAAGUAUGCAGUGGCUGGAGCUCUACUUGGUGGUGCACAUCUAGGUGGAGUUUCGUUAAAAUACUCAAAGAGUCCACAUGGUUUUGUUUUGGCUACUGGAUUCGGAGCUCUCUGUGGGGGUGUCCUCGGAAUGGAAGUUGCUGAGCAUUGGAAGCAACUCUACAAGAUCGAUAAACAAGCUGCAAAUCUCAGGUUCCUCUACUGGUGGGAGGACAAAACUUUAGGAAGCCAGAGAAACUGAUGCGAGUUCACUCAGACUCUGGUGUGUCCUUCAGGAUUCGAAUCGAGAAGAAACCUUUAACUUUUGUUUUGCGCUUUCGAAAUAAAUAGUAGCUGUGAUGAGUAUAUCCAGUUAAACCAUACAAUUUGUGGUUUGUUAAUCUCGUGGGGUUGAACCAUUUUUCGGUUACAUGAAUCUCCUCUUAGAAUGCUUUAA